AUGUCGACCACACAACAACAAGGUCCUCUAUCGCCUCGAAAGGCCCUUGAAGCGCUGCAAUUCCUCCUCGGCCACGCUGGGAAAUGGGGUCCAGGGGAUAAGAAUCGACAGCAGAAAGAGGCUCUAGUCGAGACGACGUUAAUUGUACACAGGGAGACUGGGAAAUCACUCACACUUGAGCAUUUGGGUAAAUCGGUCAGGGCGUGGUUCCGCACUCUCAACAAGGACGACUCGGUUCUCAGAAAUCCCAACCUCGUUGACCCGACUGUAUUCCAGAAGCCGCCGUACACAACUGUCACUCCACCUGAUGUUGACCUCGACGAUAUCCUCCGUCAGAUAACUGUCUGGAAGCAGAACAACCAACCACCGGGAAAGACGUCGACUAAGGAGCAAUCGAAGGUACCGGCUACGACUGGAGAUGUGAAAAAGUCUAAGAAAAAGGGGGAUCGCGGUGGGGGAAAGAGCGGUGGUGGAGAAGACGGCCUGAAAAAUAACACCAAGAACAAAAAAUCCAAAGGCGAGUCAUCUCUUGUCCCAACCGCACCUGCAGAUUCCAGCGGCUCGGCCCUCCCCUCUCAACCGGUUAAACGAAAAGUCGGUGCCGAUACCACGGAAUCGGAUGAUCUCGCCGAGGCCACAGAGUCAGCCCCGACAGGGAUUUCCAAGAAGAGGAAGGUUGUCGAUGCGCAGGGGAAGAGGAAAGUGGUCGAUGAGGGAUCCGACAAGAUACAGCCCCCCGCCGAUACAAGAACCAAGAGAACGUUAUCUCCGAUCGAAGAAGACGAUGAACCCGACCCCGACUCCGUUUCAGAGGUUUCGGAUACGGCACAUCAACCCAAGAAGAGACGGGUCAAUCCUCCACAACGCGAAAUCCCUCCAGGCUUUCACAAGGCGCCCAUCGCCUGCACCAGCUGCACGGAAACCGGCCACGAGUGUUGGAUUAAGCGCCCGAAGAUCGGGUGCCAUCGCUGCAAGGAUGUCCUGAAGAAGGGAAAGUGUUCGUUGUCCAAACGAAAUCGCAAUCCCGACCCAGCCGGCGGUUCGAAGGCGGAGGAGACUACUGAGGCUGUUUCAACCAAUUCCCAGACUCGUGAAACUGAAGACGCGACGAGGUCUAGACGAGUGCCCGAGGUUCCAAACGUUGUUGACACUAGCCACCAAGUAACCGUCGGACAAGAUAUUGGGGCUGGAACUGCGGCUGGAACUAGUCAAGUCACUCCCCCAGUUGGAAUCGACGCUCAACCGGCGGCUGCCGAGGAGAUACAGGCGACCAAGGGUCAGAUCGCAGCCAAAGGAAUCGUCAAAGAAACCCCCAUCGGUGUCACCCCAGCCCCCACCAAAGUCGACACUAAGACAAGGUCUCAUGUCAGCGGUUCGCCAGUAACUACUUCUGCUUCUAAGGACCGGCGGCCUCAGUCGAGCUCACUCACCGCCGGUCCCUCGUCCUCGAUCGACACAGCCACGAAUUCCAACCAUGACGUCACCCAUUCCGAACCUGCUGGGUCAGCUGUGCCAAAUGCGCCGUCACACGAACCGCCUUUCGUUAUCCCUCCUGCAUCUCCCACCGAGCUCCUCACAGAUUCGGUUCACAGCGAUCUAAAUGCCCUCGGGCUGCGCGUUCACCAGGUCGAGUCGUCGGUCCUCGAAAACCAAUCGACCUUGGCAGCACUUGUAAAGUUCGCAGAUGCCCACCGGCACGAUGCGACGAAGAUGGCUGGCUACGAACGCCGACUGACUUCCCUGGAGUCAGGCUUGGAGAAAGCGCAUGCUGCCCUUGCCGCCUACCGUCAGGAGCUCGAGGACACCAACCAAAGGGUCAGAGACCAAUCCACAGUCAUCGGACAGUAUCGCACUGCCCUCAAUCUUCUUCUGAACGUCAUCCAAACGACCUCCCACCAACCUCGUUACACUACUGCAUCUUCCUCGCAUGCACCGACCAAUCAUGUCGAUCCCAAAGCCGUCGAACCCUCGCUUACUCCCGGUAUGUUCCUCCCCCCGCGAGACAGCGACACGAUCUCUCUUUCGUCCGGUCACUACUCGCACCAGAACAGUCCGCAGGGCGGCCACCUGGAUGCCAUUGCUCCUAUCAUAUCCCAAGUUGAGGCGCAUCUCAUGGAUCUCCCCCCCAAUCUCCAAAGCCCAACGCUGAAAGAAGCAUCGUUUCGACGAUGGGCGGCAGAGCUUGGAAUAUCUAGCCACCAGCUUUCCGCUUUCCGUGACAAGCCCCAAGCACACACUUCCUCGGUUGGAGAACGAGGUGGAAAGACCGCCCCCACACCUUCAUCUGACCAGUCCUUUCGAAAAUCAGCCAUGGGUACAAGAUCCGACAGCACUUCCUUUUCCCCUCGACCAAGCAUCCACGAGUCUUCUCCCGGGCAACGAUCACAUGAAUCCAAGGUGCCCUCCCCCACUCCUUCGUUUCAGCCCCGACCCUCUGACGUUGAUUCGAAGACAACCGAGCGUUCAGAGCCAAAUGAAUCCGGAUCGGGCUGCGGCGUUUCGAAUCGCCCGUCCACCAGCGUCCAGUCCACCCACCUGCACAAAUCCCCAGCCUCACCGGAUCGUACUGGAGCCACAGACACCGCCGAUGCUCACGGUGUCCAUGUCGACUCCUCAAACGGCCGGUCCACAGUCAGCCGCACUUCUGAUGGCCCUAAGGGUACUAUCGAGUCCUCGACAAACCUCACAACGUCCUGCACCGCCGGUGAUGACACCGCCAAGUCCACCACAGAUUUCUCGACUGUCGUCUCUACCCCUAGUACUGCCACCAAAGGUACCGGCAAUACCGGCAGGAAGGUCGAGUCCACUGCCGAAUCCUCAAGCAACCUUUCUACUGUCAGCACCUCAGGCGAUGGAAGCACCGACACCACAACCAACCCUCCCCCAAAGUGCGCGACCGACCUCCCUACCGUCAGUACCAGCUCAGGCGAUGGAAGCACCGACACCACAACCAACCCUCCCCCAAAGUGCGCGACCGACCUCCCUACCGUCAGUACCAGCUCAGGCGAUGGAAGCACCGACACCACAACCAACCCUCCCCCAAAGUGCGCGACCGACCUCCCUACCGUCAGUACCACCUCAGGCGACCUCCCUACCGUCACUACCACCUCAGGCGAUAUCCCUACCGUCAGUACCUCAGGCGUCCGAGGAACAACCGCCGGCAAUAAAGAAGGUGAUGUCCCCUCCAGCGACGCCGGUAACAAUCAAGGACGAGUUGGAGGACCUCCUGAUGAAGAUCCAGUGCUACGAUUGGUCCAGGAUCAGGGCGCAGUUGCUGGAAGAGGAACUGUGGGACCAUAUACGCGCCGUAUGUCUCGUCGAUCCGUAGCCCAAGUCCAAUCCACCGAUACUCCCAGUCCUCAUCCUGACGGUAUUCUUCACCCAUUUUCUAACGUUCGUAGUACCUUGAAGCAAAAGUAA